AUCUCACCUCACUGUUUGUAGUUAGGGAGUUGAUCUGACGAUAUCCCCUAACUGGUUCAAGACAAUCGAGUACCCCUAACGUUGUUCUGCUUUUCGCUGUAAUCUUUUCUUCGGAAUCCUACUCUUCUCUCCAAUGGAAUCCGUCACAAGUUCGCUCUCUCUUCUGGCACAAUCGUAAGGCCACCCAAGCUUUUGUGGGUCGUUUGGGACAAUGGGGUUGAUGCUGGGUACCAGACCACCGCACAAGGGUGGCAAUGGUAUCUCUACUCGAUGGGUAUCCGUCUUCUGCAUUGCUAGCUUCUGCUUGGGAGUCCUAGUUAUCAACAGGUUUUGGACUACCACUGAAUCAGUCAAAAUGGAUGAGGCUUUAUCCGUGGACAAACAUAAAUCAGGAGAACUUCAGCCUGUUGUUAAGUGUGAGAAGAAGGAGGCUUCAGUCGAGGCAGGGGACAUCCUUUCUCAAGUUUCCCAAACUCAUGAUGUAAUCAUGACUUUAGACAAGACCAUCUCUUCGCUGGAAAUGCAGCUUGCUGCAGCUAGAGCUGCUAAAGCCGACAAUGAGAAACGAUCUUCAGAGAAAGCAAAUCCAAGAAAUGAGCAAAUAAAUGAGCGCCAAAAGGUUUUCUUUGUCAUGGGAAUCAUUACUGCAUUUAGCAGCAGAAAGCGCAGGGAUUCAAUCAGAGAAACUUGGAUGCCUCAAGGGAAGGAUUUGAGGAAGCUGGAGAAAGAGAAGGGAAUUGUAAUACGUUUUGUAAUAGGGCACAGUGCAACACCAGGUGGAGUUUUAGAUCGUGCUGUUGAUGCCGAAGAUGAACAACAUAAAGAUUUUUUGCGACUAAACCAUGUAGAAGGAUACCAUGAAUUGUCCUCAAAAACCCAAAUCUACUUUUCAACAGCCGCUGCAAAGUGGGAUGCUGACUUUUAUAUUAAAGUUGAUGAUGAUGUGCAUGUCAAUCUUGGUAUAGUCGGUUCUAUCUUGGCCCGUCAUCAGUCAAAACCUCGUGUCUAUAUCGGUUGUAUGAAGUCUGGACCUGUUUUGGUACAGAAAGGAGUCAAGUAUCACGAACCAGAAUACUGGAAAUUUGGAGAGGAGGGAAAUAAGUACUUUAGGCAUGCAACUGGACAAAUAUAUGCGAUCUCCAAAGAUCUGGCGACCUAUGUUUCAGCUAAUCGACAUAUACUUCAUAGGUUUGCAAAUGAAGAUGUCUCUCUUGGUUCUUGGUUUAUUGGUCUUGAUGUUGAGCAUAUUGAUGAACGAAGCCUGUGCUGUGGUACCCCACCAGAUUGUGAGUGGAAGGCUCAAGCAGGGAACCCUUGUGCGGCAUCAUUUGAUUGGAGCUGUAGUGGCAUCUGCAAAUCGGUGGAGAGAAUGGAGGAGGUUCACCAGCGCUGUGGAGAGGGGGAUGGAGCAAUCUGGCAUACUAGUUUUUGA